AUGUUUAAGUUUAUAUCAUUAAUAGUGAUUUCAUUAACAAUAUCUCAGAUUGUAGUUUGCACAAAGUUCGACCCAGUUAUUCGUGUUCAAAAUACUUCAAAUGGAAAUUUGCAGGAAGAUUUAAAUGAAUUUUUGAACCUCGUUCCUGUUGACGAUAUCAGAAAUCUAACAGAAUUCUUCUAUGCCAACGAUGGAGAAAUGAGACAAUCGUACGAUUAUUUGAGAGAUGAAGGAUUUAAGCUUGUGGUCGAAAAUAUCUCUAAGCUGAGUUUAGUGAAAAAGUUUAUAACCUUUCUUAAUGACUCGGGUGUUGAUUUUGCUGAAUCGAAGAAGAGAAUUGAAAAAAUUGUGCUGACGAGCGAGGAGGCGAAAUCUAUUGUUGUCAACGAUGAAACCGAAGGAAAUAUGGGUGGAAUGAAUGCAUUCUUCUCGGAAGCACUUUCCCUCAUACCACAAGAUGAAGUCUUGUCACUCUUGUUUGUAAAGAUGGAAGAAAGCAAUUCUUUCUCUUCGUUUCUGGAGAAACUCAAUGCUAGUGACUAUGAGAAUAUCACAGACAAUUUAAAGAAAUCUCAGGGAAUUCAGGAAAUUUACUUCGCUUUUCAUGCACAUGGAAUUGACAUCAUGGAAUGGGCAAAAUCACUACGAAGCUUCUUUGGCUAUUAGCUAAUAACAUCUUUUCAAUUUGUAUUUAUAAAAAUAAAUGUUUGUAUGUGACAUAAAAUUAAAAUUGAUCAACCUAAGCUGAGCCGACAUUUCAUCUUCAAAAAAUGAUAUGAGAAA